AUGUCGGGCCUCGUCGACCGUUCCCCAAAUCAUCCCACCAUGGCGGCUAAAUUGUCUAGCGCCUCCAAUGUCAUCUUGGUCGACAAUUACGAUUCCUUUACCUGGAAUGUGUACCAAUAUCUUGUCCUCGAGGGUGCUACUGUGUCUGUGUACCGCAAUGACCAAGUGACCGUCGAAGAAUUGGCAGCCAAGAAGCCCACCCACUUGGUCAUCAGCCCUGGCCCUGGCCACCCCGAGACCGAUGCAGGAAUCAGCAUUCCUGCAAUUGAAUACUUCAAGGGCAAGAUCCCUAUCUUUGGUGUGUGCAUGGGCCAGCAAUGUAUGAUCACCACCUUUGGUGGCAAGGUCGAUGUGACUGGUGAAAUUUUGCACGGAAAGACAUCAGAGUUGAAGCAUGACUCCAUGGGUGCCUACCAGGGGUUGCCUGCGUCCCUUGAAGUUACCCGCUAUCACUCUCUCGCCGGAACACACUCGACUAUUCCUGACUGCUUGAAGGUCACUUCCUGGGCCGAGCUUGAAGACGGCAGCGGCAAGAACGUCAUUAUGGGUGUGAGACACAAAGAGCUUGCAAUUGAAGGCGUUCAGUUCCACCCUGAAAGUAUUCUGACCCAGUACGGACGCCAGAUGUUCAGGAACUUCCUGGAACUCACUUCUGGAACCUGGAACCAAAAGAGUGAACCCGCUGCCGCCGCCACCUCCGCGCCGGCUGAUAAGAAGCCUUCUAUCCUUGACAAGAUCUACGCUCAUCGCAGAAAUGCUGUUGCUGAACAGAAGAAGAUCCCAGCACUGCGACCCGAGGCUCUCCAGGCCGCAUAUGACUUGAACAUUGCGCCUCCUCAGGUUUCAUUGCCCGCGCGCCUCCGACAGUCUAAGUACCCCCUUUCUCUCAUGGCUGAGAUUAAGCGUGCGUCGCCCUCCAAGGGUAUUAUUUCAGCGGAUGUGUGUGCUCCCGCUCAAGCACGAGAGUACGCCAAGGCCGGUGCUAGUGUUAUCUCUGUCCUCACGGAACCGGAGUGGUUCAAGGGCACAAUCGAUGACCUGAGGGCUGUUCGUCAGAGCCUGGAAGGUCUCACCAAUCGUCCAGCUGUCCUGCGGAAGGAGUUUGUCUUUGAUGAAUACCAGAUCCUGGAGGCACGUUUGGCCGGAGCCGACACCGUUUUGCUGAUCGUGAAGAUGUUGGACGUUGAACUCUUGACCCGCCUGUACAAGUACUCCCGCAGCUUGGGCAUGGAGCCUGUGGUUGAGGUCAACACCCCGGAGGAGAUGAAGAUUGCCGUCGACCUGGGCUCUGAAGUUAUUGGUGUCAACAACCGGGACCUGACGAGCUUUGAGGUUGACCUUGGAACCACUAGUCGCCUCAUGGACCAAGUGCCCGAGAGCACGAUUGUGUGUGCCCUCAGCGGAAUCUCAGGGCCCAAGGAUGUGGAAAACUAUAAGAAGGAUGGCGUCAAGGCUAUCCUCGUGGGAGAGGCUCUCAUGCGGGCACCAAACACAUCUGCCUUCGUGGCAGAACUUCUUGGAAAUCCCCAGCAAAAGCCCGAGACAUCAUCAAGCUCCCCUCUGGUUAAGAUUUGUGGCACUCGGACCGAAGAGGGGGCGCAAACCGCCAUUGAAGCUGGCGCAGAUUUAAUUGGCAUAAUAAUGGUCCAGGGUCGAUCCCGACUUGUUCCAGACGAUGUGGCUCUCCGCAUCUCACAUGUGGUUAAGUCGACCCCUCGCCCGAACGGCACAUCACAGGAGUCCUCAUAUUCCACGCCACUGGAGUGGUUUGACCACUCCACUAAUAUUUUACGCCACCCGUCGCGCGCCUUGCUCGUCGGUGUCUUUAUGAAUCAGCCCCUUGACUAUGUUCUGUCGCAACAACAAAAGCUUGGGCUCGAUGUUGUGCAAUUACAUGGGUCCGAACCAUUGGAGUGGGCCAGCCUAAUCCCCGUUCCUGUGAUCCGCAAAUUUGCUCCUAGUGAUAUCGGCAUCUCACGGAGAGCUUACCAUACUCUUCCCCUUCUGGAUUCCGGCGCUGGAGGCUCUGGUGAACUUUUGGAAGCAAGCGGGGUUAGCAAGGUCCUUGAUAGCGACGAUGGGCUCCGUGUCAUUCUGGCUGGAGGUCUCAACCCCGACAACGUUGUUCAGACUGUGGCGCAGUUGGGUCAGGCUGGCCACAAGGUUGUCGGCCUGGACGUCAGCUCCGGCGUUGAGACUGACGGAGUCCAGGAUCUGGACAAAAUCCGAGCUUUUGUGAAGGCGGUUAAAAGCAUUAGGCAAUAA